AAUAACUAAUAAAGUUAAUUUUUUUAAUCUUAUUAAUUUUAGUCUGAGUCCAAAACGACACGUGACCAGGGGACACAAACUGAUGGCGAUGAAUUGAUUUCGGAUAUGUGUGAGACAAUAAAAUCUUUACGCAAACAGCUAAAGGAAGCUCUCGAGAGUUCACCUCCUUCUAGGGCUGAAAAACCAGAUGCUGAUGUUGCUACCGAUGAAGAUGAAAGAAUAAUCAGCAAUCAGCAGAAAACUGCCCUAAUACAAAAUCAUAGAAGAAACCAUAAGCGAAGCUCGAGUUCUUGUAUUACGGCCAAUAAUCCAAACUCGGACACUGGUGCAUCUGAGGAUGAGUGGAAGCCUGAGGAUUACAGGCCAAGCAAGCAAAAUAUUAAUGACAUCAAGACACCUAAGGGGAAUGAGCCGGUGCCGAUUGGAGAGGGAUACGCAACAGUACCAGCCAGGGUCCUUAAGCAAAUUGAUUGGAGAUCAUACACUAGUGCGACAAGGAAACUGUUGACUUCGGUGUUUACACGCCGAGAGUUAGCGACUCAUUCAUUGACCGGGAAAUCUUCUCCUGCCUUCCCGGGAAAACCUGCGAAGAAACGUCUCAAUCCCGAGCUCGUCAAUGACAUCGUGCAGACUGUCGUUGAAAAAUCAAAGGUCAACGCAAGCUUGGUGCGAACGAGUAUAACUACGAAAUGUGCUGAUGAGAGCAAAAUGUACCGCAAUCGUCAAAAAAAUAAAAAGAACCAAGAAAACUUUCCUCCAUCGCCGCAUAAUGAUAAAUGAAACUUCUUCUUGUUUAGAUAACAUGAACUAA